AUAGCGUCAAAAUGUCGGGCCAGGGACAGGGAGGGUUCUGGAAUGCGCCACAAGUGGUGUAUAGCAAACAGACUCAUGAUUUACUCAAAGACAUGAUGAGAGAGUCGAAGCUGACGAAUUUCCAACAACGCCACCUCCAGAAGACCUUGAAGGAGGGAGGACAACUCCCCACGAGGGUGCUGCCCACCACUUCCAAGGUCAACAAUCAGAAAAUGAAGGCCGUUGCUCCGGCCCCGAAAGUUCUGAACCCCAAUCACGAGAUCUGCCCGGGAGAAGGAGAAGCUGGCCAACAUCAUGGCCUACGGCAAAGACCAGCCCCGUAUCCCUAUGGAAAAGGUCAAGGCCAGACUCCGGACCCCCUCACCUCUGCCAGACCGUUUUGACGAGU